UGCUCGGGAGCGCGCCCCGGCCCUCCACACCUCCCUCCCACCCGCCCCGCCGCGUUCCUCCCGGCGCGCACGGGUGCAGAGCGGCGGGAGCGCCCCGCUCGCCCUCCUUCCCGGCGGUGUGCGAAGAUGGAGCUGUUCCAAGCCAAGGACCACUACAUCCUGCAGAGCGGGGAGCGGGCGCUGUGGUGCAGCCGGAGGGACGGCAGCCUGCAACUGAGAGCCGCCACUGAUCUUCUUCUGGCUUGGAAUCCCAUUUGCCUGGGCUUGGUAGAGGGAGUCAUUGGUAAAGUUCAGCUCCAUACAGAUUUACCGUGGUGGCUACUUUUAAUUCGUCAGAAAGCACUGAUUGGGAAACUUCCAGGAGACCAUGAGGUUUGCAAAAUAACAAAGAUCGCAGUGAUUCCACUUUCUGAAACAGAACCUCAGGAUCUGGAAUUAGAGCUUUGUAAAAAGCACCAUUUUGGGAUAAACAAGCCGGAGAAGAUUACGCAGUCCCCAGAUGACACAAAGUUUCUGCUGAAGACUCUUACUCAAAUUAAAUCAAAUGUGUCUGCUCCAAACAAAAAGAAGAUUAAAGAAAGCAAAGAGAAAGAGAAGCUGGAGAAGAGAUUAUUGGAGGAAUUGUUUAAAAUGUUCAUGGAUUCAGACUCCUUUUACUACAGCCUCACCUAUGACCUAACAAAUUCUGUGCAGAGGCAGAGUACGUGUGAGAAAAUCAACUUACCACUGUGGCGAAAAGUUGAUGACAGAUUCUUUUGGAACAAGCACAUGAUCGAAGAUCUCAUCACCAUUGAUAAUGCUGAAGUGGACUUCUGGAUUAUACCCAUCAUACAAGGAUUUGUGCAGAUUGAAGAACUUGUAGUAAACUAUAGUGAAUCUUCUGAUGAUGAUAAGAGCAGUCCUGAAACUCCUCAGGAAUCAACUUGUGUAGAUGAUGUUCAUCCAACAUUUCUGGUGGCACUUAUUUCACGCCGGAGUCGGCACAGAGCUGGAAUGCGGUAUAAGCGAAGAGGUGUUGAUAAAAAUGGAAACGUGGCAAACUAUGUUGAGACAGAGCAACUGAUUCAUGUUCAUAAUCAUACUCUUUCAUUUAUACAAACAAGAGGCUCUGUGCCUGUUUUCUGGAGCCAAGUUGGAUAUAGGUAUAACCCGCGGCCCAGGCUGGACAAGAGUGAAAAUGAGACAGUGUCCUGUUUUCGUGCACAUUUUGAAGAGCAGCUGAAAAAUUACAAGAAGCAGGUUAUUAUUAAUCUGGUGGAUCAGACAGGCAGAGAGAAGAUUAUUGGAGAUGCUUACCUUAAACAAGUGCUUUUGUACAAUAAUGCAAAUCUGACUUACGUUUCGUUUGACUUCCAUGAACACUGCCGAGGAAUGAAGUUUGAAAACGUUCAAACACUGACUGAUGCCAUUCAUGAUAUUAUUCUUGACAUGAAGUGGUGCUGGGUUGACCAAGCUGGCGUGAUUUGUAAGCAGGAAGGAAUUUUUCGAGUUAACUGCAUGGACUGUCUGGAUCGUACCAAUGUUGUACAGGCGGCUAUUGCAAGAGUGGUCAUGGAACAGCAGCUCAAAAAACUGGGUGUGAUGCCGCCAGAGCAGCCUUUGCCAGUGAAAUGCAAUAGAAUCUACCAGAUAAUGUGGGCAAACAAUGGAGAUGCCAUAAGCCGGCAGUAUGCUGGCACAGCAGCCUUAAAGGGUGACUUCACAAGGACCGGUGAAAGAAAGCUGGCAGGGGUCAUGAAGGAUGGAGUUAAUUCUGCAAACAGAUACUACUUGAAUCGUUUCAGGGAUGCUUACAGGCAAGCAGUCAUAGAUUUGAUGCAGGGUAUCCCUGUGACAGAGGAUCUUUACUCCAUAUUUACAAAAGAGAAAGAGCAUGAAGCUCUGCAUAAGGAGAACCUGAGGAGCCAUCAGGAGUUGAUCAGCCAGCUUUUGCAGAGCUACAUGAAACUGCUCUUACCAGAUGAUGAAAAAUUCCAUGGAGGAUGGGCUCUUAUUGACUGUGAUCCAAGUCUCAUUGAUGCCACUCAUAAGGAUGUGGAUGUUCUGCUGUUACUUUCUAAUUCUGCUUACUACGUGGCCUAUUAUGAUGAUGAAAUCGACAAGGUGAAUCAGUACCAAAGGUUAAGUCUUGAAGCGCUGGAAAAAAUAGAAAUAGGGCCUGAGCCUACUCUCUUUGGCAAACCCAAGUUCUCUUGCAUGAGGCUGCAUUACAAAUACAAAGAAAUGAGUGGCUAUUUUCACACUCUUAGAGCUGUGGUACGCAGCCCAGAAGAAGAUGGAAAAGACACUCUUCAGUGCAUUGCAGAAAUGCUGAGAAUCACAAAGCAAGCGAUGGGAUUAGAUGUGCCCAUUAUUGAAAAGAAGCUGGAGAGGAAGAGCAGUAAACCCCAUGAAGACAUCAUUGGCAUCCGGUCUCGGAACAGAGGGUCCCUGGCCCAGGGCAAGAACUAUUUACUGAGCAAGUUCUCAUCUCUCAAUCAAAAAGUGAAGCAAACCAAAUCCAACGUGAACAUCAGUAACCUGCGGAAGCUGGGCAGCUUUACCAAGCCGGAGGUGAAAGUCAAUUUCUUAAAACCAAAUCUGAAAGUGAAUCUCUGGAAAUCAGACAGUAGCCUUGAAACGUUAGAGAACCCGGUGGGAGAUGCUAAAGUCCACACGGAAUCUGAUACAGAAGGGUCAGAUAAUGAUUCUUUCCACUCGGAUGACUUCCUGACCAAUUCUAAAUCCGAUGAGGACAACCAGCUGACUGACUCCUUGGAGAACAUAGGGCAGGCAGACUAUGUGCUGCCCAGCUGUGGGAUCAUUGCCUCAGCACCACGGCUGGGCAGCCGCUCCCAGUCCAUCAGCAGCACUGACAUGAACAUCAGCAUUCACGUUCCUUCCGAGAUCCACGUGUCUCAGGGUGACCGCUCUGACUGUGAAGAUGUAGCCAUGCCUUCUGCUGACAACGUGGAGAUGGAGUUUGCUAAACCUAUGGAUGAGUACUGCCAGAGGUUUGUGCACGAUGCUCAAAACAAGGUGUCCGAUGUUUUGGAGGCUGAGGCUGGUUCUCAAGAGCCCCAUCACACAGUAAAUCAAAGCAGCAAUAAUACAUCUAAGGCAGCAGAAAGCAAGGCUGAAGCUAUCGGAGAUGCUCCUUCCAGGCCAUCCAAGUUGGAUGUACAGUCUUCUGAGCCAAAUCCUCAGCUCUUAGCUGUUGGUGGGUCUGACUUCACCAGAUCUCAUAAGAGCCCAGGAUCUGCAUCUGGUAACCCCGAGACAGGACUCCACAUGACUCCCUCUCCAGCCGAGAGCAGCAGCAGCAGAGCUGUGUCUCCCUUCGCUAAGAUCCGCAGUUCCAUGGUCCAGGUUGCUAACAUCACACAAGCAGGAUUGACUCAAGGGAUUAACUUUGCUGUGGCAAAGGUCCAGAAGAGCCCUGCAGAACAAGAAGCUCUCAAUGAAAUUAAACAGAAAGAACUGAGAGCGAUGUUCACCCAAUGCCAGACGCGGAUCAUUCAGAUCUAGUUGCUCCUUUAGGAAGUGUUCCUUUAGUUGUGGCUUUUAAUACAAUAGUAGAGAAUAUGACAUCAGGACUCACUGUGGCAUGAAGUGCUACUGAAUACUGGGAUCAAUAAUACAGGUAACUUGUUUACAGGCAGUGAGAGAUGUGAAUGAAUUUGGUUCUGACCAAGCAUAGGCAGGUGAGAUGAGCACGGUAAAGCCCCUAUUUAAACAGGUAGCUUAGACACUGGGAUGUAUUAAGCAUGCUGUCCGUCUUAUAUGUGUUGCACAGUUAUUUUUGGAGACUAAUUUUGUAGCUCUUCUGACUUCUUGUAGAAAGUAUUUAUACUCAAAAGGUGAAACUGCACUUCUGUGACCUUACUACUUACCUUGCACUACACCAGCAAAAGAACUUAACCGGUAAAUUACACUUUAUUUAUUUUUGGACUAGUGUUUUUACUUGUUUCCAUUGAAGUUUUAGAUGCAGCUUUCUAUGAAUUGUGCCUCUCCAAUGGGAAUGGAUGAGUUUCUGUUCCAUUGCAUUAUGUUAACCAGAAAUGAAGAUUCCUUUUUUGCUGUCUUUUCCUUUCCGCACCUCUUGGGCCACGUUCAGUCCACGUAAAGCGUAUCGAUGCCACCUGAAACACCCACCGUCCUGCGGGGCACAUCCACUCCGUAGAUCUCUUUGGCCUCUCGCUUGUUUUGAGGUGAGGGGAGAUGGAGCAGACGUCCUCUCAUUGUCUUGCCCAUGCUGAAGAGAUUCCGAUUUCUUUCUUUUCUCCUAAAUUUCAAACACUGGCAAUUUGCUCUUAUUUUUUAUCACUGUAUAAAGCAAGACAAGGCCAGUACCUGCCCUUCAGGCAUUGUGUCCCUCUCUGUGCUUAUAUUCUAACUGUUCAGAUGCAAAAGUCCAAGUAACUUCUAGAAGAGAAGGCAAAUGUACUGUUCCAUGGAAUCAGUGUUGCAUUACAGCAUCCAAUCAAAACCAAAUUCAUUACCACCUCAAGCUUUGCAUACUGGCAGGAUAAAGCAGGCUAAGCAUCCGCUCGUGCUGGGAAUGGGAUUAAGCCCCCCGCCCCCCCAACCCUUAUCUAUGUGUGUCAAAAGAUUUACAUCUACCUUAACCACCCUUUCCCAGCAAUGCCUUGCCAUGCUGUUCUAGUGUAGGACAUCACCCAACAGCUCCUGUACAGCAGGACCUUGCUAUGCUGUGGUUUGUGACUGUACCCACCGUUGCAGACCCCGGUGCCUUGGUGUUCUUGUCCAUGUACUGUAGGUAGGCUGCACGUGGUGUUCAGAGAAAAUAGUGUCAUAGGGGUAGGGUAGUAACAGUGUCUUAGAGCUUCUGGGUGCGUCUGAAAUGGUUCUCCCCUGUCCCUGACCGUCUGAGACUUUAAUAAACAGAUCUGGUUUAUUUAUUUUAUGACAGUGCUGUGGGUUUGGGUUUUUUGAGUGUCUCUACUUGUGGCUCUAUUUAAAAUUAAACUACUGCUGUAUUUUAAUGUGAGCAAUAUACAGGAGCUAUUUUAAUAAAAAAGUGGAAUCAAAA